AUGGAGGGCUGGUUCCUGCUGAUGCUCAGCCUUGCAGUGGUGGCCACAGCGUCGCCUCCUGCACAAGAGGAGCUGAGCUAUGAGGAGGCCGUGUCCGUGGCUGUGGAGCUCUACAACCAAGAGCCAGGGCUGAAGUUGGCCUUCCGACUCCUAGAAGCCAAGCCCCAGCCGGAGUGGGACCCCGCAAUCCAUUCACUCCAGGAGCUGGAAUUCACCGUGCAGGAGACCACGUGCCCACCCUCGGAGCAACUAAACCUGGACAAAUGUGACUUCAAGAACAAGGGGGUGGUGAAGGAAUGUUCUGGAAUCAUCUUUUCCGAGCAAGGGGCUCCCGUCAUUGAGCUCGAUUGUGAAUCUGCAGGCCAGGUGCACGUCCGUGUCCGGAGAAAUUUCUUUCACACAGCUUACAAUAAAGUCAAGGAGACCCUACAGAGACUGAGCUGCCAUUGCGAAUGGAGGAACUGA